UUAUAACUCUAUUGAUAAGAAGUAAACAUAACUUGAAUGCUUUUAUAAAUUGUCGAUUUUAAUUAUUUAAAGAAAGUAAGUGUUUUAAACAGAAAUGAAGCGUGUAAAGCGGCACAAGAUAAAGCAAGAGAUGCCGGAAACGUCCACGUCUCGUUUCCGCGAUCAGGAAGAGCACGAUCUGGCGUACUACAUCCACGACAGGGUGGAGCUGAUGCACCAAGUGUUUUCAGUGAUCAAACCGAAGGAGCUUAAGGCUAUGGCGCCGGAAUGCGUCCACCAUAUCUCCGUUGAUGAUUUACAGGAGCUAUGCACUGAGGAGUUGCUGGGCAUAAGCUCCAAGCGCCUGUGUGCUAUCCUGGACGGAGCGGAGCCUCCCACUGACACUGAGUCCUCCAGCUCGGAGCAUAUGGAGACCAUUUCUUUGGAUAGCAUAUCCUCAGAUGAUGAAAUUUUGAGCCAGCACAGUUCCAAAAAAAAGCACAAGCACAAAAAACACAAAUCCAAGAAUAAACACAAACGCAAGAACUCCAAAACCAGUGACAAGGGUGACCAGGAAGUCAGAAAUGAAGAGGAGGAGCGCUCCAAAGCCAGCCGAGCUGGGCUCACUGUGCUGGAACUGUUGGAGCUGCAAGCCAGAGCCCGAGCCAUUAGAGCCCAGCUACAGCAAGAUAAUUCUCAUGCAGCACCAGCACAACCACAGCAAACCGAGUCAAAAACUAAAGAUGAGACAUCAGAAGACGAGGUGGAGAUCAAAGAGGAACCGGCUGAGGUGGUGGAGAUCAGCAGUGAGGAUGAGAAGCCCAAUAUUGAAGACUUGCCCGUUAAGGCUCCUUCUCCGAGCAAAGACCAAACACCAGGCAAUUCAAAAACAGUGACAAAAAGAAUAAACAAUUUAAUUGUAACAGUACCCCAGACAAAACAGAAGAAAAUUGUAUUAAAUCGAAACAAAAAUAUCACCACAAAUGUUACUAGUAACACUAGUGAAGUAUCAAAACCAAAAGACAGUAGCCAAGAUACUACUAAUAGAUCAAAAGCUAGUAACACAGAUACUGCUUCGAAAGCAAAAGCCAGUACUAGUAAAGAGAAUACUACUAAAACAGAUACACAAGAAAAAACCACAGCAUCUGAAGUUAAUAAAGUGCAAUCUAAGCCAGGUAAUAAUAAACCCAAACAGAAAAAGAAGCAGAAGAAAAAGGAUAAGAAGUCAGACAAAGAGGAAGACCAUGAUGAAAUAACAUUACAGUUAUCUGAUACAGAGAAAAUGGACCUUUUAGAAGAUUUUGACAGAAAAAACUAUGAAAACUUCACCAGUUCUAGCGAAGACUCGGAAAGUAGUUCAGAAAGUGAAUCAGAAAAUGAUACGUCACAAGAUUCGACUGUAAUUAGUCAAAAAAAAGAUAUUAAUAAUACAAAUAGUCAAAAUGAUAGUAAGGCAAAUGAUAAAAAUAAUGUGAAUUGUGAAGAAAAUAACAUACCCGUGACAGUAGAGGAAGUAAGCGCACAACCUGAAGUAGAUAAAACAAGUGACAAAGAAAUGUAUGUUCCUGAAGUCGAUGAACAAGAAGAAACUAAUGUUAGUAAGGAAAGUAAAGAAGCAAUCAUAAUAGAAGAUCUGCAGCCUGAAAUUGCCCCGAAAGAAACUGAAGAUACUGAUAGUAAUGAAAAAUCCACGAGUCCUGUACAAAAUACUCUUAAAGACACUAAUGAUUCUGAUAACAAUGUAAAAGAAUCUAGUCUUAGUGAUAACAGUUCUAUACUUAAUCCUCCUAAAGACACUACUGAAAAUGGUACUCAAGAUAAAAGUUUGAAUGUUGACCAGGAUGUGAUUAAAAGUUCAAUUAUUGAAAUCGAUACUAGUAAAAGUCCAAAUAUGGAAGUCGAAACUUGUGAAAGUACAGAAGAAGUUAAUACAAUAGUUGAGAGUCAAAAGGAAAAACAUCAAGCAAUACAGACUAUUAUUAUUCAAGUAAAAAAUGACAAUUUUAAAGAAUCUGAAUCAAAAGAAACUCAACAAACUAUGAGAUCUGUUAUUGUCAGAGUUGGAAAUGAUAAUUCCGAAUCAAGUAGUGAAAUUGGUAGUCAAAAUACAAAAAACACUAAACAAAUAAAAAGGACAGAGGAGAAAGCUAAUGAGGGUGAAAUAAGAGGCUCAGAUAAAAAUGAAAGUAUAGAGUCCAUAGAGGAAGGUGAAAUAACAGACACAAACAAAGAUUUAUCAGAAGGAGAGAUUACAGAAAAUGAAGAACAAGAAACACAGAUCAAUAACACCAAGUCACCUGAAAAGUCAGAAGUGGUUUGUGUGUCAGAUGAUGAAGGUGACAAGCGUAAAAAGAAGAAAAAGAAAGAGAAGAAAUCUAAAAAGGAAAAGAAAUCUAAGAAAUCCAAGUCGGAUUUUCGUGAGGGUGCUGAUCAAAACUUUUUUAGAGAAGAAGAGAAUGUAGUCGUGAUUCGAAAAGAACUUGAAGAGGAACCAGAAAGAAACUCUACAGUUGUCAACAUUCACGAUAAAAAUAAAGAAGAAGAUAUAGUAGUGAUACCAGAAGAUAUAGAAAUUGAUCAACAAGAUAAAGAAAUUGAGACUGUAUUUGAUGAUCCUCAAGAAAAAGAUAUACUAGUUUGUGAUGAUAUAGUGUCUUUAGAUGAUGACGACGAUGAUAUUUAUGAGAUUCUCGAAAUUUCCGAUGACUCUUCGUGUUAUGAAGUCGAAGGUAUUUCGGUGUCAAAAGAACCGACGGCCGCCGAAAUUGCCGCUUUAUCGGCAAAAAUAGAUGAAAUAAACAACGACGAUGUAAUUGUUAUAAAUGAAGAAGAAGGAGAAGACGAGAAUGACGAAAAUGGAGAAAACGAGACCAGUUUACAGGACAGUAAAACUAAUGACGAAACAGAAAAUAUAUCGUGGCGCGAUCGUUAUUUAGGCAGCAAAAAAGUUAAGAGAGUACUAACUACGUCAAAUAUACUAAAUGCUUUGAGGAAAAAGAAUAAAGAACUAAAAAGAAAGCUAGAAGAAUCUAAAAAGAAGAUAGAACAAGUUACAGAAAGUGAUGCAGAAGGUGAUAAAGAAGUGUUGGCAGAGAUAAGUGAAUUCGUAGAAGGUUCCAUUGAACAUUUCAAUACAUUGCAAGGUUCUACCAAAUAUGUCGAUCCUGUAGUGCCAGAAGUACCAAAAGAGACUGAUCUAGAAGAUGAAAACAAAGAAGGUAAAGAUGUACAAGUAGGAAUCAAACAAGUUACGAAGGAAAUGGAAAAAGACGCGAAACAGUUGCUGAAAAUGUAUAAAAGAUUACUCAAGUACAAUGACAUGAAUAAGAAAAAAGAUCCGACCAAAAAGAAAAAGAAAAAACAUAAGAAAAAUAAAGAAAAAGAUACAGUGACGAAAGAAAAAAAGUUAAAUAUGAACGAAUUAUGUUCAGCCUGUUUGAGUGCAGGGAGGAAUAUGUUCUACAUUGAAGGCAGCGAUAUACAGCAACUUUAUACACAAAUUCUGAAUGAAAUAUCAAUAUCAAUAGAGAUGUCAUCGUGCUUGCAAGUGUGCUGGGAGUGCGGCGCCGUGCUGCGGCGCUUCCACAGAUUCAAGACUCAGGUGAAGGAGUGCUACACAGAGCUACUCAGCGUCAUCCACCAGGACACAAUACAUAAGUACCCCAAAUCCCAGCUGUCUACUAAACUCCUGCACAGCAUCAGCUACCCGGAGGUGGAGAGUGUGAAGACGGAGUUGGACAGGGGGGUGAAGGACGAGCCCUCGGACGGGGAGGUGAAGCACGAGGCCACCGACAGCGACACCCACUGUGAGCCCGAGACCUUUGUCAAUGACCUGGUAUUGGAUAAGAAGACCAAGGUUGUUAAGGAGAAAAAGACUCCAAAGAAGAAAUCAAAACAGAAAGUGAAGAUAAAGAAAAAGAAAGCAAUCAAAAUUAAGGAGAGUUUAGACGUAACCAGUGACUUAGAGUUUGAUGCAACAGAUAAUUUGGCAGAGGCAGAAAGAGAGUUUGGCUGUGUACAGUGUGAGGAGAGUUUUGUACAAGAGAAAGAGUUGGAGAGGCAUAUAGACAGUCUGCAUACUAUAAAAGAGCCGAUAAAGGCCAACGGAGUGGCUCGGACGCGCAGCAAGGAGCCGCUGCCGGAGAAGCCGCAGUGCGUGGAGUGCGGCAAAAUGUUCAGCUCCAGGAAGACCUACAGAUACCACUUGAAUGUGCUGCACAGAGGACAAAACAGAUACCCGUGUCCGCGCUGCGGCAAAGUGUACCAGUGGAAAUCGAACCUGGGACGACACAUGCGGAGCCAUAAGGCGCGGGACAACAACGAGCUGCACUGCGGGCUGUGCGACAAGCGCUUUGCGUCCGUCGCGACGUUCCGCCAACACUUGCGCGUGUCGCGGCGACACGUCUCCGAGAAGGACUUCACAUUCAUGUGCAACGAGUGCGGAAAGAAGUUCGUGAACAAAACGCGGCUACGAGACCACAUCGACUGGGAGCACCUCAACAAGAUCAAGUUCCGAUGCCAGCUGUGCAACAAGCCGUUCAAGUGCCACACCUCCCUGUACGUGCACAUGCAGAACGUGCACAAGAACAAGGAGAAGAAGGAGAAUCUAUGCCACGUGUGCGGCAAGUCUUAUCCGAACGCAGCAAAGCUGAAGUACCACAUAGUGGCUAUGCAUACCAGCGAAACGCCGUACCGAUGCGCUCAGUGCGGUGCUGCUUUUGGCUGGUACUCCUCCCUGUACCGGCAUGUACGUGAAGUGCACUAUAAGAUGAAGCUGCAACCGAACAGGAUAAGGAAGCAGAAGAUGAAGAAGCCGGGCGAGCUGGUCGCGCCGCUGCAGGGCCCCUCCUAGCGUGUACUUGCCAAGUGGCAUUUUACUCAGCAUUAAAUACUAUAUUUUGCCUACAAAAUGAUUGUUUUA